AAGGAAGCGGAAGCCCGGAUUUCCGGCUGGCUAGAGCGUGAAAGUGCGGGUUCUUCGCUUCCGGGUGGGCGUGCGGGGUGAGCGAGCUGCUGGCCGGCGGCGGGGCCGGGACGGGGCUAUGGAGAAGCUGCGGCGCGUCCUGAGCGGCCAGGACGACGAGGAGCAAGGCCUGACGGCGCAGGUCCUGGACGCCUCAUCCCUUAGUUUCAACACCAGAUUGAAGUGGUUCAUCAUAUGCUUUGUUGCUGGUGUUUUCUGUUCAAUCCUUGGAACUGGUUUGCUGUGGCUUCCCAAUGGCAUAAAACUUUUUGCAGUAUUUUACACCCUUGGAAACCUUGCGGCACUGGCCAGUACUUGCUUUUUAAUGGGACCUGUGAAGCAACUGAAGAAAAUGUUUGAAACAACAAGAUUGCUUGCCACAGUUAUUAUGCUUUUGUGCUUCGUGUUUACCCUGUGUGCUGCUCUGUGGUGGCGGAAGAAGGGGCUGGCCUUACUCUUCUGCAUAUUGCAGUUCCUGUCGAUGACCUGGUACAGUCUGUCCUACAUCCCAUAUGCAAGAGAUGCAGUGCUCAAGUGCUGCUCAUCGCUCUUCAGCUGAAAGUUUCGUCUGCUCAGGAGAGGUGCUUGGGAUGGCGUAGAUAUGUUGUGCUGUACAGCGAUCACUCCAGAGACAGUGGCGGCCUCAAACGAGGCCAUGUACCAGUGAUUUGCACUUGCUUAGCCCUCCGUUCCCUGAGAUAAGGAGACCAGAAUCAUCGCCACUUGUAAAUAAUUUCUACUCAGUUUUUAAUCUUUACAGCUUCUGACAUGUGAAUAUUUAAGGUGUAAACCUGUGUUGUAAGAUAUAUCCAGCUCAUUUGGCUUUUUAAAUGGUCUACUAUUUUUAAAAGAUUUUUAACUUUAAAAAUGUGAAACUUUAUAUAUACUUUAAGCUUAAAAUUACUUACAACAUGUAAUACAAAGUAAUAUAUGUAUCUACAGUUUUGAAAUAAACCUGCUCCUGGAAAUGUG